AUCUCCCAGAGGAGCCCCAGCUCCAAACCUCCCUCUAUAUCGAGGUGGGCACCAGGGCGCCCGCCCGCUGUAGGGUGGCCGGGGUCUUCCCCGUCGCGGGAGAGGCCCGGUUCAACCUGUCCUUUUGGGGAGAGAGCCUGAACUUCACCGUCACCACGUCGGGGGACACGGCCACCGCCCAGGGCGAGGUUCGGUCCCCGUCCCCGGGACAGCACCAGCUGACCUGCACCGUGACUGUGGGGCCCGUGUCCAGAUCCGCAGGGCAGAGCGUUCUCGUUUACCGUCUCCCUGAGCCCAUCCUGGAGGUAACCGAGUCCCGGACCCUCGUUAACAGCAGCGUGACCGUUACGUGCCGUUCUCCUGAGGCCGACCCCCCGGGCGUCCUGCUCCAGCUCAGAGAGGCCGAGCGAGUCCUGGUCUCCAGCGCCCCCGCCCCCGGCCAGCCCCAUGUGCAGUUCCAGCUGACGGCUGGCGAGGAAGACAACGGGAGGGAGUUCACGUGUGAAGCAAGGCCUGGCUCCGACAUCCCCGCCGUGAAACGCACGUCUGCCAGGCUCACUGUCCUCUACGGGCCCAGGAUGGACGACUCCGGCUGCCCCAGGGAGUGGAUCUGGAAGGAGGGGACAGAGCAAACCUUCUCCUGCCUGUCCCGGGGGAACCCAGCGCCAGACGUGGUGUGCAUGAAGGACGGGGUGCCCGUCAGCAUCGGGGUGCAGCGGCAGGUCAGCAGAGAGGACGCCGGGACCUACCACUGCAAAGCAUCCAACGCGCACGGCUCGGCCAGCCGGGAUGUGACCGUCCAGGUGGAGUAUCUCAACAUCCUGGUGUUGGCACUGGGGCUGGCAGGUGCGGCUGCUGCUCUGACCGUACUAGGCGUCGGGGGCUACCUGUACUACCGCUCCACGAGAAUCCGAAACUACCGGCUCAGACAGCAGCAGGCCAAGCAAGCCAAGCAGGGGAAGCCGGCCGAGCAGAUGAGCCUGAACGGGGCCGUACAGAACAAACCUGAACUGGAGCACAGCGUCUAGACCUGGAGUGCAGGACCCGGAGCCCUGGGGCUCCUCGCUGCUGCUUUACCCCUUCGCCCCCGGGGAGCCCCUGUUAACUCUUGGGAUGCUGGGCAAUGCCAAGAGCCUGGCGGUUCACGGCCUCUGCACUGGCAGCACGGGCCCCUCCCAUGCACACACCAGCUGCUCUCCGGAGAGCAAGGAUCAGA